CAUCAAUAUGAAAAGAAACCAUCGCUUCUCUCUUCACGGUAUCUCUUUGACAAGCGUGUGACGGCUCAGAUCAACACACAAGGGAAACCAACGUACACACAUCUCAAAGAACUGACGUGACGGACGAAGUCUGGGUUUGCGUCUGCUCGACAUCGUUCUGCCCUACAGCCUCUUUCCUCUGAAAUCCAGCCUCACCCCCCCCACGUGAACCCACCAUGUCCGGGAAGGAGCGCAGCCCCCGCCAUCGGCCAUGGUCAGUCUACCGGGCCAACACGUUUGAUCUCUCAGCUGAGAUGAUGGGGCUGGCUCUCUCAGGCAACAGUCAGGAUCCAGACGAGCCUGUGCUGGAGUUUAGUGUGGCCUGCAGUGAACUGGUUACUCCAUCUCUGGAUCGUAAGCCAACCAGCUUUGUGGCCGUCAGCUGCACCACCCCUCCCCAGGCCUUCUGGACCAAGCAUGCUCAGACUGAAAUCAUCGAGGGUACCAGUAACCCUAUCUUCCUGAGCAGUAUAGCGUUCUUUCAGGACUCUCUGAUCACUCAGCAGACUCAGGUCAAGCUUUCUGUCUAUGAUGUGAAGGACCGCUCGCAGGGCACGAUGUACAUGCUUGGUUCGUCCAUGUUUUCCGUGAAGGAGCUGCUGCAGGACAAACACCACAGACUUCACCUGGCUCUCAGGUCAGCGGAGAAUGAGCGUGUGGGCAACAUCACCGUCAUUGCCUGGCAGAUAGAGGAGAAGCGCGAGCAGAGAGCUCCUGUUGCAAGAUUACAGAGAGGAGACACUGUUAAUGGAAGGAUGGUUCUCCCUGUUGAUGAAAGCCUGACUGAAUCCAUGGGUAUUAAAUCCAAGUCUUCAUCUCUGUGUAAAGAUCCACUGCUGAAGGCGGUGUUUGGAGGUGUCAUGUCGCGGACGUACCGUUUCCCCACCACGGACGGCAACCACCUGCGUAUCCUGGAGCAGAUGGCAGAGAGCGCGCUCUCCCUACACAUUCCUCGACAGUUCGUCAAACUGCUCCUGGAGGAAGAUGCUGUCAGGGUGUGCGAGCUGGAGGAACUGGGUGAGCUGUCUCCAUGUUGGGAAAACCUCAGGAGGCAGAUCAUCACUCAGUACCAGACCAUCAUCCUCACCUACCAGGAGACCAUAAGUGACCUGCACGAAUAUAAAGGUCCUUCAUUUAAAUCGAGCACCUUGAAAGCUGAGAGGAAGUUGGAGUUCAUUCCCACCAACCUGCACAUCCAGAGGAUGAGAGUACAGGGAGAGUCUGGUUAUGACCGGACAUAUGAUGUUGUGACCAUCGGUGCUCCCGCAGCACAUCAUCAAGGCUUUAAAGGCUGCGGCCUCCGAAAUCUGCUGCACAAGCUCGAGGAGGCGAGGAAGCACACUUACGAGGAGGAGAGUCACACCCAAAGCUCCGCUGGCUCUGGCCCUAAAGGUCUGGCGUACCAGCCUCAGGAUGUCGUGAAAGCGAAGGAGAUGAUUGGUCAAAUUAACACUCUGAAGACGCAAGUGUGCUACUACAACGAGCGUCUGUCUCGAGCUGCCAAAGAUCGCUCAGCCAACGCUCUGGAGAGGACGCUGGCCAUCCUGACAGAGAAGACGCGUCAGCUGGUGACCGUGUGCGACUCCAAGCUGCUGUCCACGGCCAUCGUCGCCCUGGCAGCCGCCCGCCCAGAGUUCGCUCGGCAAAGCACCCCGUCCCCAUCCUCCUCCUCUCUGUCGCCCUCCUCUCGCUCCCCGUCCCGCUCACCGUCUCGUCACCCGACUUCUCCGUCUCGCGCUGCCACCUCUCCCUCUCGCCACCGAGCUCCUCCAGAGGGCAGCGAGGGGAGUAAAAACAAGCGGGCCUCCUUGCAGGCAGAUUUGCACGAGGAGGAGUGGGAGAAGGUUUGGUUAAAUGUUGACAAGAGCCUGGAGUGUGUGAUCCAGAGGGUGGACAGGCUGCUGCAGCGAGACAAACUCCAGAGUGACAGCAGCUCUGAGGAUGUCUUCCUGCUCACCAACGAGCAGCCAAGUAACACUAAGAAAGAAAGCAGUCCAGAUGUGGAAAAGACGUCCCCAGGCGAGUGGAGCGACGCUCUCUAUCCUCUCCUCACCACGUUGACAGACUGUGUGUCUCUGAUGAGUGACAAAGCGAAGAAGGCCAUGGUGUUUCUACUGAUGCAGGACAGCGCCCCCACCAUCGCCAUGAGCCUCACCCUGCAGUACCGCCGCGAUGUUGUCUUCUGCCAGACGCUGACAGCUCUGAUCUGCGGCUUCAUUCUCAAGCUGAGGAACUGUCUGUGUGACUCAGGCUUCCUCAGGCAGCUACACACCAUCGGCUUACUGGUGCAGUACGAGGGCCUGCUCAGCACCUACGGGGAGGAGCUGGCCAUGCUGGAGGAUAUGAGUGUCGGAGUGAUGGACCUGAGAAACGUCACCUUUAAAGUUACCCAGGCAACUUCAGGUUUCGCCCCGGACAUGUUGCCGGUGAUCACAGGAAACAGGAACGGCUUCAACGUCAGGGUUCCAAUGCCCGGAGCGAUGUUUGACACGCUGCCACGAGAGAUUCAGAACGGGAUGCUGCUGCGUGUGCAGCCCGUCCUGUUCAACGUGGGGAUCAACGAACAGCAGACGCUGGCUGAGAAGUUUGGAGAUACGUCACUGCAAGAAGUGAUCAACAUGGAGAGCAUGACUCGCCUCAGCUCAUACUACGACCAGUUUAAGGAAGUCCUGCCAGAAGACUGCCUCCCUCGCUCCCGCAGCACCACCAGUCUGCCUGAGCUGCUCAAACUGCUGAGCCAGAAUGUGAACGCCAAGAAAAACAAGAAUGUGGAGAUUCUGUGGCAGGCGGCAGAGACAUGUCGCCGCCUGAACGGCGUACGUUUCACCAGCUGUAAGAGUGCCAAGGACCGCACGGCCAUGUCUUUGACCUUGGAGCAGUGUCAGAUCCUGCAACAGGAGCAUGGCCUGGCCCCACAAGUCUUCUACCAGGCUUUGGACUGUAUGCGCAGUGAGGGCUGCAGGAGAGAGAACACCAUGAAGAAUGUGGGAUGUCGUAAAUACGCCUUUAACGCUCUUCAGCUCAAAGCCUUCCCCAGACAAUAUCGCCCUCCAGAGGGGACGUACGGGAAGGUUGAGACCUAAGCGGACACUUCUAUCUGGAGGAAACCAAAAGACUGAAGGGGAUAAUGAUGAUGGCACCACACAAAGAAAAACACCAACACUAUCUGGAACAACAGCCCUUUGUUUUGUGCUUAGUCACUGUUAAGAUGAUUAAUGUCCAAGUGCCAGUGCUACUGUAGAUAGUUUUAUAGCAGUUUCCUCUCUCCUCUCAGUAGUACUAGAACGACACAGUUUUCACAGCCACUUCACAGCCAAAAACAGUAGAGACAUGGCUUUCUGUGUUACAUUGUAGCCAGUAUGCAGACACCACCGUUGGCUGUUGCACCAGUAGUAGCAGCAGUAGCAGGAAGCGAGCGGCCACUCUGGAUUUCAGUCAUUUUAACUUCCCUAGAUAUAAGAUAUAUCUAUACAUAUCCAAGCUGCUUUUAUUUGAUGGUAUCAGUUUGUCAGUUACAGGAUAAGGCGGGUGAAAGUGUAUAUUUUUCUUGUUGUCAACAAAUCCCACGCAAAGCGAGACCAAACCAACAGUGAAUUUAUCCAAAGGUUUAUCCAAAGCCUGAUACAGCUCAUCUGUUCCAACAGACCUCCACUGUUGUCCACUGCCUAGUCAAAAACACACCAAUGAGCCACAUUCCUGCAUUGGCACACUGAGUCAGUCCCACCAUCCUUCUGCAAUAAAAACUCACCAGCAGACCAAAUGUGUAAGAAUCCACCCAUGAAAAUAGCCCCCAAAGAAUGCACAAUUUACCCUUGUUUGAGCAACACUUGUUAUAAACUACAGUGCCCAGCUGAAAAUUGCAGGAAAAAUGAGAAUAUAUUUGGGGACUAGUUUUUAAGGUUUAAUUCUUCAGUAGGAACCAAUCAGCCUGAGAGGGUACAGAGGUCAGAGAGCAUUGAGAAGCAGACUAAUGCAUAUUAUUUUUUAUUCUUUCCAUGGCAUUUGUUUACAACAAAAAAGAUCUAAAAUAACGCCAGCCUCAUUCUUUAAGGCUACAUUAGGCAAAAUGUUGAUGCAGAAUUCGCUCAUUCUCAGCCUAAAUAACAAAGUAGGGCUAUGCUGAGAUCACCGAAUAUCUUUCCUUGAUCUUCUUUGUCGAGUUCUACAAACAGCCCUAUAGAAAGAGCCAAAUCAGAGACGAUAUAAAAACAAUGUAACCUCCUUUCUGCCAUUUGUAGUUUUGCCUACAGCUGCCUAAUGUAGCUUUAAAUCCAAAGAAGGCAACAGAGCAGACUCUUAGCUUUAUCAAAACCUUUGUCUUUGCCUGUUAAGAUAUUUCUCUGGACCUAAACCGCACUGCACUGUUAAAGUCAAAUCACUUAUUCGAUUUAUUUCAGUGCUUUUAGCCUGCUGUCUGCUGUCUCCCUCCCACUGUCUCUCAUCUUUCUUCUUUAAUCACAUAAACAUUCAACACAGUAUCUCUCUCUACAACAAGCACAGAUCUUACAUAUAGUACAUAUAUGACACUACUCACAGGCAUUUGUAAUACAAUGACGUGAUUUCUGAGGUUCUUCUGAAACUGGUUCACUAAUCGCGGGCUUGAGAAGUGGUGCAUCACAUUAUUCUGUAAUUCUAACAUGACAUAUCGACAAAAACAGAUAUUUAGGACAUUUCUGCAGGUUGUGUGCAGCACAGUAAUGGUUUGUUAGCCCUUCAAACUUGGGUUUUUAUUUUCUUCUAAUUGUGUGUUUUCAGUUUUAAAGCACUCACUUGAAUUAUGCAGAUAAAAACUUUAUUAAUUUAACCUGCAUGAAGAUUAACAAGACCCUACUGCGUACUAUCGCAGUUGCAUUCUUUUGCAGUUAAGAGUACGAAUGAGCACUUGAUAAAUGUUUUUAGACUGAAGUGAAGUAAUGCAUAUUGCAUUAUUGUACUGACCAUCAACAACACCCCUUCUGUUGUCAGUUUACCAGCUACAGGCUCCAAUGUACCUUAUUGUACAGAACUUAUAGAGACAGUGGAUUUUAUUUUAAAGAUGUUAUUUUGCUUACAGGUAUUUAUGUUGAUAUGGCUGCUGUUCUCAAAUGCUGUUCUAGUUUUAUCCAUUGUUAUUGAGUAAGUUAUGACCUUGUUCUGAUCAGUUGUACGUGCACACAGGUUGGACAGGGGAGCUUGGGAGACACAUGCACCCCCACAGAGGUAUGAACUGAAACUGGAAAAAUAAAUAAAAGCUUGUCGAUGCCAAUGUACUG